AUGCGUUAUAUAACUCAGGAACAGAUUGAUGACUGCGAUCCGACUGUGAUGAUCGCCAUACCACGUCUUGCCAUUGUUUGUGGCCUUUUGUUCUGUCCGGAAGGAGCAUUGAAUGUGGAUGCUGAUCCCGAGACACUUUCGGAAAUGUUUCGCGCAUUUCACAGUUUGCUGGUGAAAAUUCGUGAUUUACUACGGGUUUUGGACGAACAUGAAUUGCGUUGUGUCGAGAAAGCACUGUGCACCGGCGAUACGCAGCUCAAAUUUGAGAAUUUCAAAGGCCUAAACAGCUAUAAACAGCUAUUGUUCCAGCGCAGCAUAUCUCAUCAUUGA